CUUGGUUUUGUUCCCAGAUGGCUUGAACCAAACAAGCCGGAAGUAGGAUGUUUUGAGUCGUUUGCUCAAUGUUACCAAGUCUUAGGAUGCCAAGACACCAUCAUAAUUCUGGUUAACAGGUUCAUACUGGCUUGUUGUACCCCUUUCAGUGAACUAGUCAAUGUAUUUACAUUUUUAAUGCUUUGCCAGAACUAGCACAACAUCACCAUGCCUAGCAAAGAUCACAAAAUGCCAUUAUAUGUGGCUAAAGGCAUGAAGGAGUUACAGCAGAUGAGUGACCUCAAGCAAAUUACUAGCACUAAUGCUCGCAUUCUGGUUAAAUCAGCUGAAAAAGUCUUUAAGGAGGCAGAGAAAUUUGAUGCUAAAGGAGAUGAAGAAAGUGCAUUUAUAAUGUACAUGAAGUAUUUCAACAUUGUGAAGGUGGUACGGAGUAGUGCAGAUUACAAGAAGAAUAAACAAUUCUUUGACCAACUUAUUGGGCCAAAGAAUCAAGUGCUAGCUAUUGAAAAUGCUGAGAAACUGGCUGACAGUUUAAAAGAGAGGUAUGAAUUUCGAGAAGCUGAAGCUGUGGCUAGUAAACUGGCCACUCUUGAAGCAGUCGGUUCCUUAAAAGAGAAAGAAGAUGAGUCCAAGACAGAAAAAGGGUUACUUGUUGAAGACGAGGCUACCUCGCCAAGCAAACCAGAGUCAAAUGGCCAAUUGACAUCUAAUGGCGACCAAGUAAUGACACCACUCCGUCUAUGUGGAUUGCUUCGUGAUCCGGGUAUCCAGCUGAUUAUAAUGGACUCCCGGCCUGAGACUGACUUUUUAGAGUCUCAUAUUAAUCAUCCUUCAUGUAUAAGCGUUCCACAGGAAAUUAUCCCCCCAGGCACAACAGUGACAUACAUCGAAGGCCAGCUUCCUGAACAAUCAAAAUCACUGUGGCGACAACGUGGCAAUUGUGAUCUCAUCAUCCUUGUGGACUGGAAUUCAAAUCAUGAGUCUGUUACAAUUGGCACAACCCUUCAGACACUAAAGGAUGCCUUGUUUAAGUAUGACUCUACCAUUGUUAUAAAGAGUGAGCCGGUAAUUCUUGAAGGUGGCUAUGAGCAGUGGCUGCUGUUCUAUCCAAUGAUGAGCACCAACCCUAGGGUUAGCCGGCCAAGCCCUGUGCAGCCUGCUUCUUCUGUAACAUCAUUGGACUUUGAUUAUCCUGACUUUGAUGAUGGCUCAAAGACAGACGUCACCAGGAACUUGGAUUUUCAAAGGAGCAGCUCCUUGGAAAGUUUCACUGCCUCAGAGAAUUCACAGAGUACUAGCUUGGCAAUGCUAAGCUCUAUGCCACAGUUUGAUCGUUCUCUGAAACCAAAGACUGUAGCUGGGACUGUUGCAGAAGCACUGGCCAAACCUACUAACUUGAACAAUGCAAGAAACUUGAAUGUUGAGCGUGAGAAACGAUCUGGAGAAGGUUUCACUGUGUUGUCAAAUACACUGUAUCCCAGCAUUACAGCAAGUAAAAAACCAGAAAAGAAUACUAACAUUUAUAAUGAACAAAUGAAGGCAGCAGAGAGGAAUACAGUGGAAGAGGCUCAAGUGAGCAACAGUUCCAGUGGAGUAAGUGGAGAUGUCUAUCCAUUACAAGCUGACACAUCCUCCAGAAGACUAAGUCAACUGGAGCAAGCUGAGGCUGCAAAGUUACAGGAACUAGCAGAAAAACGACGACAACAAGAAAAGGAGCUUGCAGAACUGAUGAGGAAAAAGCGAAAGGUUGAGGAGGAGAUGAGAGCAAAGGAAGUCUUAGCAGAAGAACAGCAAAAGAAACUGCAACAAGAAAAAGUCCUCAGAGAAAAGGAGGAAGCAGAGAAGAAAAGACUAGCAGAACUGAAAAGGUUGCGCACUGAAAGAAAGAAGAAAGUAGAAGAGCAAGAGAAAGAACGCAAAGACAACCUGGCACAAGAGAGGGCACUGGAGAUGGCAAGAGAAAGAGCUAAACAAGAAGAGGAAAAGUUAUCAGUGAGGCAAGCAGAAGAUAUGGCAAGCAAACAAGCGCAGCUUGAUGCCACAGCGGAAGAAGAGGAAAAAAAGGCAGCUCAGCUCAAAGAAGAGGCAGAACAAAUAAAAAAGCAGGAGGAGGAAACAAGAAUGGAGCAAGAGCAAGGUAAAAGAGAAGAAUUGAGAAAGAAAGAGCUGCAGAGGAUUGAGAAAGAGCAUGCUGACGCUGCAUGGAAAAAGGAGGAAGAAGGGAGAUUGGAGCAGGAGCGACUGAAAGUGGAAGAAGAAGCAAAGCAAAAAGAGAAGGAACGUGCUGCUGCACUGAAAAAAGAGGAAGAAAUGGCAAGAAUGAAGUUGGAAGACGAGGCGAGAAAGAGAGAGCAGCAGAGGAUUGAGAGAGAACGAGCAGAGGCAGCAGCCAAGGAGGAAUUGAGACUUGCUACACAGAAAAAUGAGGAAAUGAGGCUUGCAUUGCAGAGGCAGGCAGAAGAGCAGAAGCGACUUUUAGCCGAGAGGCAACUGGCUGUUGGUGAACAGCAGAGCAAGAUCAGGCAGGCUCAGGAACCAAAAAUGAUCCCCUCUCCUACGCUGCCAGCUGGUUGGGAAAAAAGGCUGGACAAUGGCACCCACCGCUACUAUUACAUCAAUCACAAUCGAGGCACCACACAGUGGGAAGCUCCAACCAUGAAAACCAGCAAUCAGAGCAAACCAGGCACAUACACAGCCAGACUAAAGGAAGAGCCAGCCUUAUCCACACGUGGAGGCUUGACACGUUCUCACUCGUCUCCAGACAUUAUGAAACAGUUGGCUGAUGAGGCAGGUCAGACACCAGUAUAUGAUAGAGGAAAGAAGCCAGAUAUUCAGCAACCAGACACACUUCCGACGCGUCCAAUUUUUCGGCAAGUGGCACGUAAACGUGACCUGAACCCUGUUUAUGGCAGCGUGGGCCCAGCACUGACAGGUCUUCGUAACCUGGGCAAUACAUGUUACAUGAACUCAACCAUCCAGUGCCUUAACAACACUACUCCACUGGUCUCAUAUUUUCUUAAUGAUCACUAUUUGAAUGACAUCAACAGAGACAGUUCAGCAGGCAUGCAUGGGGAGGUAGUGGAUGAGUUUGCUAUUGUGAUCAAGGCCUUGUGGAGUGGCCAGUACCGCUGCAUCACUCCCAGAGAUCUUAAGAACACUGUUGGAAAGUACAACCCAAUCUUUGCUGGCUACCAGCAGCAAGACUCACAAGAGUUUCUGACAUUUCUGCUGGAUGGACUUCACGAGGGAUUGAAUGAGGUAAAAAACCGACCGCAGAUUCCAGAACAGGAUAAUGACCAUUUGCCGGAUCAUGAGGCAGCAAGGAUUGCAUGGCAGAACCAUAAACUUCUGCAUCGUUCUAUCAUAGUAGAGCUCUUUCAGGGGCAGCUGAAGUCUACCCUUAUGUGUCGAACUUGUGGCAAGAAGUCAGUAACAUUCCAGGCCUGUAUGUACAUCUCUCUGCCGAUCCCUUCCUCAAGUCGCUGUACUCUCAAGGACUGUUUGCGAGCCUUCCUUCAACCUGAAAUGAUGACUGGAAGCUGCAAAUGGAAGUGUCCACGCUGUCAGGUUGAGAGGGAUGCUGAGAAGAAGAUAGAUAUAUGGAAACUUCCACCGAUUCUAUUGAUAGGAUUGAAUAGAUUUGUCAGUGAUGGAAUGUGGCUGCAGAAGAAGACUACAUAUGUUGACUUCCCAGUGAGUGAUCUUGACAUGAGUGAGUUCACCAUUGGUUCAAAGCCUCGCUCAUGCUAUAAUCUCUAUGGCAUUUCAAACCAUUAUGGCACAAUGGAGGGAGGACACUAUACUGCAUAUUGCCGCAACCCUUGCACCACAAAAUGGCACAAAUUUGAUGACCAUGAGGUGUAUGAGAUGUCGAAGUCUGAUGUCAAGUCAUCAGCUGCCUUCGUGCUCUACUACACAUCCAUUGAGCUGAGAGCACCAGAGUUUAAACCACAACUGUAGUUAAAACUUCUGAUCUUGGGAAUCAGAUGAGUAGCAAGCUGUGGGCUAUGAAAGAGAAAUUUCAAACAAAGAGGAAGUAUAUGUUAAGUAGAGAAGUUACUGGUUGGGAAACUUCAAAGAGUUACUGUAUGAAAAUUUUUUUUUAUUUGCCUCUCAAAAAAA